CGGGCGAUUUUGGAGGCGUGGAAUAGUUGUCAUGGUUUACUUGUCCGUCCGUAGAUAAGUCCUGCAAUUUGCAACGUUCGAGCGUGAUAUGAGAUACGAAGAUAUGACACUGCUUUUACUAUUUACUAUUUUGGCAGCUGGCAGAAGUUGGGAUUGGUGGGAUACGGGGGAGUAUUGUUUUCGUUGGAGAUGGGAACUGGUUAUGGAGUUUUGCGGUUUUGCGGUUUUGCGGUUUCUGGUGGACCAUAGUUAUGAGGAGGGUUUUGCGGUCUGCGGUUGCGGUUUUGGCUGGUUGAAUUUUGACUGAUGUCUGCGAGGUUUCUUUGUGGAUAGAAUAUCAUCUU